GUUACGUAUUCACAUGUUUCUUAUAGUAACUUUUAUGUUUGAAGCAAGUUUUAUCAAGGAUUCAACACAUUGACUGAAUUCAUCAGCUUGGUGAACCUCAACCUCUUAAACUCAUGUAGUAGUAUGAAAUAAUGCUUUUAAGGAUUUAUUUUUAAAAACUACGUUUUCUUUAAAACGAAGAAGGAAAAUGUCACCAACGAGAGGAUAUUUACGAGAUUCAAGCGGUGAUUCAGGGUCAGAAUCAGAUAAUCAAUCAGGAUCUUCUCGAUCAAGUCGUAGUGGCACACCAUCUAAUGCAGCAAAUUCUGGUCAUGAAAGGAAUUCUGAUGAUGAAAAUGAAGCUAGAUCAGUAGGUUCAAAUGUUAGUGGAAGGUCUUCUAGAUCAAGUAGCCAAUCUGGAGAAGAAAAAGCUGAUUCUAGACAAAAUUCCAAAAGUCCAUCUCCAACUAGGUCAGGUUCUAGACAUUCAAGUGUUGGAUCUCCACGAAGUGAAAAAUCUGGCUCACAGAGGUCUAGAAGUGGUACUCCAAAAUCAGCUGCAUCUAAUAAUAGUGAUUCGCAAAGAUCAAGAUCAGUUUCUCCACAUGAAAGAAGAUCAGAAAGUCCAAAAUCCGUAGACAAUUUGAAUUCUCCUGGUCCUGAGAGAACUGAACCUACAGAUUCUGAACAGAAACAUGAUAACUCUACAGAAAACAAAGAGGACAACGAAUCUGAAAAGUCUUUGAAAAUAAGAGCAGGUAGUACAAAAUCAAAUGAUAGUGAUGGAGAGGGUAGUCCAGCCCAGAAAGAAGAUAAUAGUGACUCUGCAUCGGAUGCAGAAGAAGCUAUCAAGAGAGUAAAACCACUGAUAGAUUCUGAUUCAGAAAGUGAACCUGCAGAGAAAGAAGCUGUAGCUCCAACAGCAGAUGCUCUUUUUGGAGAUGCUAGUGAUAUUAGUACAGAUGAUGAGAAAGAUAAGGAGGAUGGGAAGAGAGAGAAAAGUCGUAGUAGAAGUAAAAGCAGAAGUAAAAGUAGAAGCAAGAGCAGAAGUAAAAGUAGAAGUAGAAGCAGAAGUAGGAGCAGAAGCAGGAGUCGUGACAGAUCUGAUAGUGGUGGUGAAGGCCCAAGUCAGCCAGUUAUUGAGGAUGAUGUUGAUAAAGAAAAAGAAGAAGAACCUGAACCUCCCCCAGAAACUAGAAUUGAUGUAGAAAUUCCAAAAAUUACAACAGAUUUGGGUCGUGAAAUACACUUUGUAAAGCUCCCAAAUUUCCUUUCGGUAGAAACGCGACCAUUUGAUACGGAAACGUAUGAAGAUGAAAUUGAUGAAGAGGAAACUUUGGAUGAAGAAGGCCGUGCCAGAUUAAAGUUGAAGGUUGAGAAUACUCUUCGUUGGAAAGAAAUCUUUGAUGACCAGGGUAAAGUUGUUAAGGAAAGCAAUGCCAGGUUUGUAAAAUGGUCUGACGGAAGUAUGUCAUUGCAUCUGGGUUCCGAGAUUUUUGAUGUCUACAAACAGCCACUUCAGGGUGAUCACAAUCACCUGUACAUUCGUCAAGGAACUGGUCUCCAAGGUCAAGCAGUUUUUAGAACUAAAUUGACAUUCCGGCCGCAUUCUACAGAAUCCUUCACUCAUAGAAAGAUGACAAUGUCACUUGCGGAUAGAUCACAAAAGACUUCUGGUAUAAAAGUAUUAUCACAAGUAGGAACCAAUCCAGAUCAAAAUAGAUAUGAAAUGAUUAAAAAAGAAGAAGAGAAAUUACGUAUGGCAAUGAGAGUUCAAAGUAAGACGAAAAAGAGUACUACAGGUAGCAGAAAUCCUGCAAGGUCUGUUGGUGGCUAUGGUGGUGAUACUUAUCAUGAUGAUGGUUCUGAUGAUGAAGGUGCCAUUUCUUUGGCAGCAAUUAAAAAUAAAUAUAAGAAGGGAUUGAAUGCUCCUGUAAAAGCAUCGAAUAUAUAUUCGUCGGACGAAGAAGGUUCAGAUUUUGAAGCUCUCAGACCGAAGAAAAAUAUUAAAGGAAAAGUUCUUAAAGAUUCAGAUGAAGAAUCAAAUUCCGUGAGUGGUUCGGAGAGUGGAAGGGAAGAUGACAAUCAAGGCGAUAAUGCUAGCGAUUAGAGAAUUUAGAUUUUUAUUAAGAACAAGGUGUUUUUGUAAUAUAAGCAAAUAAAUUAAUUUCUGAAU